UUUCUCAAAGAAACGUUGUUUUUGUAUACAGCGAAACGUAGCAAUUCUCUAAAAACGAAACUUUUGGGCUUUCGAAACGAAUGGCUAAAAUAGUUUGUAUAAAAUCGUUCGAACGACGUUUUACACAAAGCCAUGGUCUUACGCUUCGUUUUUUUGCCCGCUAUUUCUGUUUUAGUCGACCACCGCUCUCCGCAGUGUAAACAACAGAAUCGUGUUUUCACGCGCUCGGGGAUUUAAAAGGGCGCGAAUCGCGCGCUGCGUUCGUGUUCCGGUUCGCACUGGAACCGCGGGGUAUCCGUAGAAACCGUUUGCCUCUUAGCUUUCUCUUUUAAAGCUCCGCCGCAACACGGCGAACUUCCGACGGAUUUCAGAUUUGCUAUUUUAAGCUUUUCAGUAAAGCAAAAUGAGUGAUUCUGGCAAGGACACAGUGGCUCCUAAAGAGAAAGACGGAGCGGAGAAGAGAGGACGUGGAAGACCACGAAAACACCCACAGCAGGAGGCAAGUGGGUCUCCCACACCGAAGAGACCUAGAGGAAGACCAAAGGGCAGCAAGAACAAGCCAAGCUCCACUGCAUCUCGGGGCAAAAAAACAGCAACGGCUUCGGCACCUGCAGGGACGAAGCGCAGAGGACGGCCCAAGAAAGCGGAAAAGGAGGAGCAGCCAUCUAAGUCCUCUGAGGAAGAAGAGGAGGAGGAGGAAGAGGAACAGUAACUCGCAACUCGUGCUACCUCACAAUCCAACGUUAUUUCUUCCUGUUGACCAGAGCUGGACUGACCCCUCCCCCCUCCCUCUUCCCCUUACACUAGUGCCACCCUCACCCUCCAAUUCACCUUUACGCUCUAGUGCCCCCUAGCAUCAGGGAGGCCUGCACACUUCAUGCGCCUUCUCUGUGUAACACCACUGGAAAAAGACUCAAAAUACUGUAUGUCCAUUCACGGAUGCAUGCGCACGUGUAUGCGUGUACGUAUACGUCUCGCACUCAAUGGGUAAUUGGUCGAAAGUGUCUGUCAUUAUACUGGACAAAGAUAUGCUCUGAUGGCGGCUUGACACAAAGCGAUUUGCAAAAUACUGACGUUUCCUCUCUUUCGCAAACAAAUGGUUUCAGGCCUUGAAUUCAAGUUUAUUUUUACACGACUAAAUCUAAAAUAUGGUAGGUUGUGUGAAAUUCAUGUCGUUGUGUACUGGACAAAGGUGAAUUGACCUACUCGUUUUUACUUGGGUUGCGUGUGCGUGUGUGGUUAACUCGACGUCUCCGGUUAUACUUUUUAGCUACACCAUGAUUCGAGCUAGAAAUUAAACGAGCGUUUUUUUUUUGUUUUUUCGAGUGAGCAUAAUCUAGAGGACUUUUAACUUGUAAUCAACAUAUCAUCGAAUGCUUUGUUGUGAGAACUUUUUUUUUUUUUAAACGAUGCCCUUGCCACCAUCAUGAUUUCGCCGAUUCCUGCGAUUUAAAUUUACUGGCCCGCGAAAAACUACGUAGUCGCUCUUGGUCCGUUCUCGUAGUUCACUUCCUGGACGUGCUACGGAACGGUGCUCAUCUGGCCGCGUUCAAAAUGUCGUUUUUGGAGGAAGACGAUUGGCUUUAAUUGUGGAAAUGGCUAGGUUUUUACAACCAACUCCUCUUUGCUCCCCCCAAAAAAAGGCACCGCAAAUAAUUAGACACCAGCAGUGCUUUUAAAUGUCUGCCUGUGUAAUUCACGGAUUGGAGGCAGUUACGUUUUUAUUUUGAACAUGCUAGAUCAUUCCAUUUUUGCUCACGAAGUCCUUGUGAACUUCUUCUUCUGUCCCUUACAGUCCACUCAGACAACUUUCGCUUGAUGUGUUUUGUUUUCUUUUUCUUUUUUUUUUUGACGUGUUAAAUUCCAUGUCAGGGAACGCUGAUCGGUCCAGUGACUGGGUCUCCUCUCAGAACUUAAUGCUGCUACAAACAUGGUUAAUUAAACCCGGAAUACUGCAACCAGGUCAGUUCUACUCUGGACUUGACCGUCACAUUCAUACCUCACUUUACAACAGCCUAUGACGGAUUACUCUUCUCUUUCCUGACGAUGUUCAACUGGUCUCAGUGCAGCCUUUGGCAAGCGUGUUCGUUUCUGAUCCAUUUACAGCUGUCUCCGGUGUGGGGUUUUUUGCGUUUUCAUUUUAAACUGAUUUCGCUUACAGCAGUGUGCAUCAAUGAACAGAACCUUUUUUUUUUUUUUUUUGUCAUAUAUAAAUGUCUGGACACACCACAGGAAUGACUGCAUUGAGUCCGAGAGAUGCAUAACAUGUUCACAGACUGUGGUAGAGAAUAUAGGCUUGUGUGUUUUUAGUUUUAUUUUUCUAUACGUACUUGUUUGGUGCACUGAAUUGACUUUUUGAUUUGUUAUAUCAUGGACAAAAUGGUUUAGUGUGGCACCUGAAGGUUAGGGCUUUUUUUUUUUUUUUUCCCUCUCUCUUUAUAAUAAACUACAUCCUGCUAGUUGCUUAGCUCUGAGCCCCCAUUAAGUAGAUCAUGAUGGUACUAUGGCUGUUUGACGCAGUGGUUUUUAACAUGCCCCUUCAAUACCGAUGUCUUGUUUUUAUGUGCCCAUGCACACAACUUAUUUGGGAUCAGUCUUUUCAAUGUGUACACUCUGCAUUUUCUAUUGUGGACUGCAGGAAUUUAUAUUCGAAAUGGUAAUAAAGUUAAGAAUUCGUACAUAUCUUUUGUGUGACUGUAUUUAUUUUAGGGUUGUUUUUAAGCGGUGCAAUUCCCCGUGUUAAAUCUUGUAUGAUUUUUAAGUGGUGCCAUACGACUAAAAAAAUAAAUUGAGAUCUAACCUUAAA